GUACUUCCCAUCGUCCAAUCACGAAACGUGCGGAUCUUCUUUGAGUUGUCGCUGUUCUGUUAACUAUUUUGUUGCGCUCUGGAGGCAAUUUGAUUUUGUUUUCAGUUUGUAGGAUUCGGUUUUCGAGGCGGUUCUGCACACACACACACACACACCACUUUUUGAAGCAAUCGUGGCUGGUAUAUACAUAUAUAUAUUCACAAGAAAUCCACAGCAACGACAAUUUUCGCUGUUCUGAUCAUUUCGGCUUCAUUUUCUUUCUCACACGUUAUCUCCCUCUUUUUUUUUUAACUGCCUAAUUAUGCUCCGUCGGUUGCAGGCUCCUUACGCAGCGGCGGGAGUCGCGCUAGUGGCGAACACGGCGCGUCGCUUUCCGCCGCAGCACUGUGUUGUGUCGUCCUCCACUUCUUUUCCCUCCUCGAUGUCCUGCAGUGCGAUGCGGGCACCGCGCCGCGCCUUUCUGGACUCCGUCUUCGGUCGCCAUCAGAGGAAGGUAAAGCUUGACGACAUCGCAUACGAUCGGACUACGACGCGGUACAGUGGAACCAUCUUCGGCCUUUCCGCGGACAACGUGAUGUUCUACGCGAAGGUGGCCGGUGGUGCCUUCACGAUGCUGAUUGUCGUGUACAUCUUCUUUAAGAGCUACAUCAUUCUCUCGCGCUUCAGCCUGCAGACGGUGGCGCGCCUGGGCUUCAUGGGCGGCUUCUUGACGUGUCUCAUUUGCUACACCACGGUCAUCUCCUUCGUGCGCCGCUCUCGCAUUAACACGACCACCGUCUACAACCAAUCCAUUGCGCUGGUGAUGCGCAACGAGAAGGUGAUCAACCACCUCGGCACGCACCCGCGCACCGGUGAGUUUCGCGCUUACCACUCCACCGGCGGCUUCAAGCUGCCGCUGCUGCGUCGCAUUCGGAGCGGCUCGUACGAACUGUCGGACCUGCUAGGACUGAAGCAGCGCCGGUUGCAGAUGCUGUUUACCCUGAAGAAUCCGUCCAGCGGUAACGAGGGAUUAGUGUCCUGUGACAUACGGAGGGAGAGCACGGGGUUUAUGUCGUCAACGAACGUGUACAAGUCACUGUCCAUUACGAUGUACACCAAGAACAAGAAGGCGGAGCCCGAGACAAUUAUCCUCAUUGGAAAGCCGGAGGACGUGGUGUAUCAAUCUCUCAUUUUCCCGUAG